AUGAGGUCUCGGGUCCAAUGGUCUUUCAGAGACGCUUACGAAUACAACGUGUGUGUCGGAUACGGUGCAAUUAUUCAACACGAGCUCGAACACAACAUGAAGAUGGAUGGAAAAUGGUUUCAUGCGGAGAUCAAGGUUGUUCCCAUUCCUGGGAUUGAGAACCGCUACAUGGGAUUCUUGAGAAUACCCGCAGAUAUCGCGAGAUUGCAACCGGGGAGCCUUGUAUUUCUGCGCUUUCACUCUGCCUCUACUGAGAACGGUGCCGAGGAUACCGCUGAAGGUCCUGCUGAGGAACCUGCUGAGGAACCUGCUGAGGAACAUGUUGAGGAUCGACCCUACGGUGUCGAACGCCAGCCCAAGCAAAAGAACGCAGUGUCUAUGGACAGAUGGGUUGGUCAUGUCGUCUCUCCAGGUCCAAGCGCUCCUCUGGACUGUGCCACUAUGAUUAUAGACCCACCACACAACGUGUCUGAUGGUGCAAGACAACCAAAAUUGAUUCACAUACCGAGUGCAGAUACGGACCGUGUCGGGAUCGAGAUGGCUGCAUUUGAAACUGUCCAAUGCCAGAUACCCGUCAGCCACAAGCAAUUUGACCAAUUUCUGAGUUGCAACCAAGAUCUUCAGCACUGGUCAAAUGAGGAGAUUUGGAUCGCUCUUAUGGCAACAGAUAUGAUGCUUCUCCCGUUGAUCGACUUUCUGCAAGGUAUUGAUCAGGACACCAUCAACAUGGUGACAGCUCUUGCAAGAGAUGAGAUGGACGUUCAGAAAUUUGUGCAUUAUCUUCGCAACAACCAUCGGGGUCGCAUCUUCGCCAUUGAAGGCCCCCCUGGAACUGGCAAAUCGUACUUCAUGAUGCUGUUCACGCUAAUGCAUAUCCUUGGCAAUGAGUUCAUUUACCCCGUGCACCCAGACAAUCCUAGAGACAACGAUGGAAAGUGGGUGUCGACGUUCAGAAAUCUCGACAAGUCAAGUUCUGGAGAGACGAAGGACUCCGAUCAGAAGAAAUUGAAGAAGCGUCAAGUGGUGUUGAUUGCUCCCACCAAUGACGUGUGCGAUCACAAUGCACAAACCUUCGACAAAUUUGCCAAAGAUGCCGUUCCUGAUCGUAACGUGAUGGUUGUUCGUGUUCAUCCUGUGUCCACCGAGAAGGCCAUUGUGGAACGCAGAUACACGGUUCAAAAUUCCACAUCCCUUCAGUCUAAGGAUCUCGCGCCUACCCUUGCUACUGAACCUAGUACAGUUUCCAGUCCUGCUCUGGUUGAACAUUCCGAUCCUGUUAUUGAAUCGGCCACUGUUGAUGAAUCUGGGCAAAAGGACACCGCAACAGUGGAAGAGGAAGAGUCUACCGCCAUCAAUGCUCUCACUGAUGCUAUUCACCUGCGCAGUAUCCGUGGACACUACGAUCGAAUGGAGCCGAGCACGAGAUCUGCAAAACAGGGGAUCCGAGAUUCGCGCCUUCGACUUUUUGAGUUUUCUCUUGGCUACCGAAUGCUGGAGGUUGCCGGGAUGAUUCCUGGAAGCCCAUUCGCCAAGCCUGCUGGCACUUAUUCUCGCUUUGAGGAUCUUUGGGAGCAACACUUGCGGAAUGACAUACCCCUUAAUUCCGACGAUGAAAAGGCAUUCAGAGCUGACUGCCGAAAGCUAAUGCGAGAGACCCUUGACAUGGCGGAUGUCGUUUGCGGAACGCCACAUGUGAUUGGAACCUCAAAGAUUUAUCACUUUUUGCAUCCCUCGUUUGUCGGUAUUGACGAGGCAGCCAUGUGCAAAGAGACUGAUCUACAUCCCGCAUUGGCUUAUUUGUUCCCCAUUUGCUUCGGACUGUUCGGUGAUGAGCGGCAGCUUGGUCCAACUGUCACAGGAACUACUGCUGAUAACACCUUCCUUCGGCAAGUAAAAUUGCCGCUGUUCACUCGCAUGUUGAAGGCAGGGGUAUCAGCCGGGAGACUCAAAACUCAGCAGCGACUGACUGAUGACAUACAUACGUUCAUCAAGCACAUUUUCUACGAAGGCCAGCUGAAAUAUGGGUCUGCACAGCUCACAGACCCUGAUCGUGUUGCUGAAAGGGUAGGCAACUUCAAUCGUCGGCAUUACAGGAUCAACAGGAACGUCAUCUGUUUGAACCAUGAACACGGCAAUGAAGAGUACUUCGCCAACUCCACUUCUAUCUUCAACAAUGCCCACAUCGUUACCGGUAUCAAUCUCGUCCGUCAGCUUCUUGCAGAGAGGAUUGUGCAGCCUACAGAAAUAGCGAUUAUCACAGGAUACGAGGCUCAGUACAGAGCCUAUCUCGCAGCUGCGGCCCGUUGCCACGAGCAUGAUGCACCAGGAAGCGAGAACUGGUUAAAUGUCCGUGUGCACAAGAUCGAUUCAUUCCAAGGCAUGGAGGCAAGCAUCGCUGUAGUUGACCUAGUUCGCACCAACGGUCUUGGAUUCAUGCGCGAAUAUCAGCGACUCAACGUGGCUUGUAGCCGAGGUCGCUUUGGUUUGUACAUUCUGUACAACCAAACAGGCAUGAAAAAUUCCUUGGAUAGCAGGCCAAGCUUUUUCGUCAACAAUAUGCUUCACUACAUCGAUGAAAAUGAACUGUCUUACCCAGUCCAGGGGACGGAUUAUGAGUCUGAACUUUUGACUUUGGCAGUUCCGCAUCUGAAGGAAGCGCAGACAACUGCCGAUGAACAAUCUGAAUCUGCCACCAAUGCACAAGACCGGGAGACCUCGAGUGGUGCCAACGAAGAGUGUGAAGAUCUUACGUUUGCAGAGCGUCGAGCUGCUCGGCGUCGCGAUAAGCCACAUUAUCAGAGCUUGUGCCACAAACGGAAUCGUCGGGUUGCUGGUUGGGAUGAUCCUGCAAUUUCUCAUGCUCAGGAUACCCGCGAGAUCUAUGAAAGUCCAACUACAACAGAGGAAGCUGCCGAACUAAAGCACAAAGGGAAGGAACGUGCUCUCGAUAUCCCUGUGUCGUCUUCUGUCGCAAUGCAGCAUCAGCACACCCCCGAAAUGACUCCAGAGGAUUCACAGUUUGAUGAAGAUACCCAGCUGGCGAUGCAGAUAUCCUUCCUGACAAAGCCUGUCCAUCAUUGUGAGACUGGCGAGAGCUCAGCAAGUGCAGAGAAGCAACGUAUUCCUGAAUUGGAGGUGGUUACUCAAAUUGCCAAGAUGGAAUCGCUCUUGGUAGUGAUGACAACGCAGCUUGCAAAGAUGAAAGCUGAUAUCGCUGUCAAUACAAUUAAACCCGUUGAUCCAACGCUUAAUACCUCAAAUCUUGCACUUGAUCCGGAUGCUCCUACGACUACAACCAUGGCCGAAUGUGACGACUUGGCGGAUGAUGAGGAUAUGGAAUCAAUCAAGAGCUGGUGA